AUGGCAGGCAUUUCAGAAAAGUUAUUUUUUGGCGGCGCCAUUGCGGGCGCUUGCCCCGACGAUUGGAUCGAUGCCAGCAACAUUCGCGAGGUCCCCGACCACCAAGAAAUCUACCUCUCGCGAACAACUCUUUCCAACCUCAUCGUCGAGAUCAACGAACGCGUCUCACGCGAACAAGUCCUCAGCAUGCUGACCGAACAGUCUGUUCCUCCCCUGGGCGCUCAUGCCAAUGCGCAAACCGAGGACAUCGCUGCCGCGCUCUACCAUCUGCGCGAUAUCUGCGACGAAGGCGACAUGAUGCAGGUGAUCAACACCCCGCAGCCCGUCUUGCUGCAGCGGUUCAAUCCGCCUGUGCCUGCUUACGCUGGACUGGUCUCAUUCACCUCGCCCAAACGGCAAAGAGGAGGAGCAGCACCAAACACUGGUGGUGCCCCGACCUCCAUCGACGGCGACACGGCGAGCUCCAGCGCAGCGGGGCCGCAGCUCUCCACGUACAGCUGCCACUUCUUGCUCGUGCGGCUGGAGGCGCAGAAUACCGACUUGCUGGUCUUUGUCAACGUGCCGCACGAGGAGUUCGAUCUGCAGGGCGACCCAGCCGCGCUGUCCAGGGAGGAGGAGCUGGCGAGCAACCUGCUAGGCAAGUUUGUCGAGACGUUGGAGGUCCGAAACUGGGGUCUGUUUGCUUGUUAG